UUUCAGAUGAACUUCAUACUUCUAGUGUUUCUAGCCGCUCUUUCAACGACUUGCUAUUGCACCAAUCCGAGACUGAAGGCUCUCUGGAACCUGGAGGAGGUCGCUGAAUGCGAACUUCACUACAAUGCAUUGCACUACAAUAAUUAUGGAUGCUGGUGUGGAAUCGGUGGAUCUCAUGAGCCUGUCGAUGGAAUCGAUGAGUGUUGUAUGCACCAUGACAAGUGCUAUGAUGCUGCUGUCGAUAAUAAGGUUUGUAUGGAUGUCGAAAUCGAAUACGUUGAUGAUUAUUCCUGGUCAUGCAUGAAUUCCACUGCAAUUUGUUCUGAUAAAAACAUGGGAUGCAAAGCGGCACUUUGUGAUUGUGAUAAGAUUGUUGUUGAGUGUUGGAAAAAAUUCCCGAAGCCGGAGAAAAAAGCAAAAUGCAACAGAACUCUUUGGGCUCCCAUCACGAAACAUUUCCAACAUUGAAUAAUAUCUAAAUUCACUUGAAAGUACUUUAAAAACUUCAUGUUUUGAACUUUUCCAAAAAGUUGGUUUUUUAGAAUAUUGAAUUGAUUUUUAUAAAUAUGGGAACAUUGGAAUAAAUUGGAUUAAUAUU